AACGGACCAUUUCACUACGACAUUGCAUCCUAUUCUGUACUGUUUGAUCUGAGUUCUACCGAUUUGUUAAGUGUGUUAGCUACUUUCUGAUUUUUAUGCUCUUGCUCACUUAAAUUCCCUGAGAGUAUCACCAUGUCUGUGGCGUUUGCACCUCACAGGCAGCGUGGGAAGGGUGAUAUAACACCCGCCGGAAUACAAAAGGUAAUUCAUCUUUUUUAGCGCGUCUCAGAAUGGAGGCUGUGGCAUCAGACUCGCUGCUAGCUGCCAAGCUAAUCAAUGUAGCGAUGCCCAUCCGAGACCGAGUGUGAAUAGAUCAGGAGAAAUGUGCAGGGGUCAAAGCGCGGCGAAUAUGAACCUGUCUAGCGUCGGGAGGCCAUGUGUAGACGACGAGACUGAGGCCGUUUUACAGGACUAACGUGUAAUAGUAUUUCAUAUGAAUGGAGGCCUGCCGUUUUGUUAGCGCAGCACAGCUAGCGUCUUUUGUUAGCUUGAAAUGCACACGCACAUAUCAACAAAAAAACGACCCCGCCAUCGUUUUUCAUUUCAUUUAACGCUUUGAAAACAACCAGUAAGCAAAACAACACCCAUGUUAAAUCACGUAAUAUCAUAUAUUGCGGUUUUUUAUGUUCCGCACAUAACAUGGUACGGGAUAUAAAUCUAUACCUUUACUUCUGCAGCUACUAGAUGAAAACAACCAGCUCAUCCAGUGUAUAAUGGACUUCCAGAGUAAAGGCAAGACAGCAGAGUGUUCACAGUAAGUCAUACAAAUACACCCUUAUAAUAGCCUGUUACGCUAAUUUACAUUAAAGCCUGUAUUGAUGAUUUUCCACCUGUCUAGUUAUCAACAGAUGCUGCACAGAAAUUUAGUGUACCUGGCUACGAUAGCAGACUCCAAUCAAAACAUGCAGUCUCUCCUCCCUGCUGUGAGUAUUGAUCUGUGCUGAAUUGUUCUGAAUGAACUGUAUGUGAUAGCAGUGUCUAUUCACCCUUACAACGUUGUGUUCAGCUGUUGUUUUGCAUUUAAAGUUAUAGCAAAGAACAGAUAUAAGAUAGAUUUCCAAGACUGAGUGUAAAUAGAUCAUUUGAGACUGAUAUUAUGUACUGGAAAGUGUCCAAAUAAAGCACAUCAGAGGGUUUUUUUGGCUCUCAACUCAACUCAACUAUAUUUAUAUAGCACUUUACACACAACAGAGUUGAUCCAAAGUGCUUCACAACAACACAGAGGAAAAACAAAACAAAAGAAGAGAACAAACAGACGACGAAGAAGAAGAGCAGACUGAGUGACAGUAAUAAUAAUGAUAGCAAUAAAAAUAUUGUUAUCAAUACCAUCACUAUCAUCAUCAUCAUUCAUAAAAGUAAUAAUAAAUAUCAAUAAUAACAACAAUAGCAGCAGCAAUAAUAAUAAUAAUAAUGAUAAUGACGCCAUCAUAUCUGCCAUUGUCUGAAUGUAUAUUUAUCUAUAUUACUGUAUCAAUACUCUCUAAAAUUUUGCAUUAAUUAAGAACCUUUCAUUAGAACCUCAGUUUUGGUAUUAAUUGCAGUAAUGUUGAAUUUAAAAAAACUCAGUUUUAUUUGAGUUGAACAAUGAAAGUGACCAUUUGAUAUGUUCCAAUCUUAGAUUUAAAUUUUUAAAUCAAAAUCAGUCAAACUUCAAUUGAUGGCAAAAUAAUAGCAAUUAGUUUGGAUAUCACAAGGUAUAUCUUUCAGCACAUAGACUCUCUUUAUUAUUAUAUUUAGUUUUGUGGAAUGUUCCAAAGUUCAAAAAAGUAACCCUCCUGAUUUACUCUUGUUUUUACUCACCUAUUUUGAGGUUCAUUUUUUUAAAUAAUACCACAAAAUUUGAAGUUAAUGCUAUAGCUUGAAACAGUUUUCUUUAUGGUGACUUUCUCUUCCAUUCAUCAUGACCAAAGACUUUAACAAUAUUAAAAAACAGUUCAUGCUUUUAAAAGACUGUGUAUAAUGCUGCAUUCCUAUUAAUCUCCCCCCUUUGUAUGCAUGUUUUGUCAAAAAUGUCCCUGUGUUGUUUUUGUUCUUGAUAUUCUACCUCAGAGAUCUUGACUAAGACAUUAUUUAUUUUGCAUGGCUGAGGCGUUUUUGAGAUGUUUUUGUAGAUAAAUGAUGUGGGUUUGUUGUGUCUGUAUUUUGCGUCUGCAGCCUCCCACUCAAAACAUGCCCAUGGGCCCUGGUGGGAUGAACCAAAGUGGACCACCUCCUCAGCCUCCUCACAGUCACAACAUGCCCUCUGAGGGUAUGGUCAGCGGUGGCCCUCCAGCUCCACACAUGCAAAACCAGAUGAAUGGACAGAUGCCUGGUGAGUGACCCCCUUCCCUCCUCCUCCUCCUCCUCCUCCUCCCCUCCCCUCCCCUCGUCUUUCUCUCUUUUCUUUACCCUUCUUUUUCUUUCAGUCUGUGUCUCACUUGGGUUGCCUAGCAACACCAUAGAACUGUGAGGGAGGUCUUCCCGCUAAAAGAUGAUGUCACCCAUUCGCCAGCUCUGGUGGUCUCAGUCUCGCACUUGUUUGAUUAUGAUUAUCCUCUUCCCUUCAGGCGUUAUGUCUUUUUCAGCUUGUGCUUUGUUUGAUUUUGAUUUAUAACUUUAAUUUCUUUAUGUUUUAGAAAAAAAGAGCAACCUAAGACAUAAUGUUAAGGAGCUCACAGUAAUACAGAGAAAUGCAGAGGUGUUGACUCUGCAAAGUGAAAGAGGACCUUAAUAGAAACCAGGAUUAUGGUGUUGUGUACCUUCACUUACUCGAGAUCAUGCUUGAUAUUUUUGAGAAGAGGAUUUUAUAUAAAAACCUGACGAUAAGAAAUGUACAUGACAGAAUAUACCCACAGAAUAUACUGACAGAAUUCUGUUAGCACCUACUAGCUGUGUCUAAGGUGGCCAGGAAGUGUGAGGCGAUUUGCAAAAGAAAAAAACAUGAAUACAAACAGCCACAACACAAACACAAAUAACGACAACAGAAGUACACUUACAACAGAAACAGAGAAGGGCUGAAUUUUCCCUCCUGGGGAUAAGUAUUCUGAUUCUGAUAACAGAUCGUCAGAAACACUGGUGGUAGUUGGCCCAUUCCUGUUCCCGUUGUAAGUGCACUUCCGUUGUUGUUAUUUACGUUCGUAUUGUGGCUGUUUGCAUUUGUGUUUCUUUCUUUGGCAAAGUGUUUUGAAUAUGCAAAUUGCCCGACACUUCCUUGUCACCAUACUAUUCUGAUUUGAAAGAAUCAACACAUUAAGUCUCUUAGGUAGUGCGUUAGUUAGGGAGCUGACACUUUCUUUAAUAUUGUGGCUAGUUUGGAGCACUUUUGUAGCUACUGUACAAUGGGAAAGUGACAGUAGAUGGGGUUUUGCGUCUGUAGCAAACCCCUAAAGCCCCCAGGGCUCAGAGGGGAUAGAUCUAUUUCUGUUGGGGCCCCAAAAUUAUGGAACGUGCUGCCCCUCCAAAUCAGACAAGCCCCCACACUGUCCAUUUUUAAAACUUGUCUUAAAACCCAUUUUUAUUCAUGGCUUUCAACCCUGCAUGAGACUCGGCUCCUGUUUUAGUGUUUUGUUGUUUGUUUUAAGUUAUUUGUUUCUAUGUUUUUUAAAUUAGUUUUUAAAAACAUUGAAACUAUAUUUUACUUUUUAAUAUUUGCUUUUAUUUUAUCCAUUGUUUUAGUUGUUUUUUGAUUGUUUUUCUUUUGUCUGCAUUGCUUUGUCUAUUUAUGUACAGCACUUUGGUCAGCUUUGGUUGUUUUAAAGUGCUUUACAAAUAAAGUUGAGUUGAGUUGAGGGCUAUAAUAUUGAGCUAUCAAUGGGACUCUCAUGAAGACUGUAAUACUGGGUGUUUUAAGACAUGCACAAAAUGUUGACCUAGCAGCUUGGUGAUAAAAGACGACACCAUGAAUCCAUACUCAAUAGCAGUCUUAAUAGUAAAGAAUUAUCAUUUCAUUGCAUAGAGAAAUAGCCUUGAAUAAGACUUGUUCAAAAGUCUCUAUAUUAGUAUAUAUUCAUUUGCAUUCACUAUUAUCAGAUUUUGGUAAUGAAAUUCUUCAGAGAGGGUCAAGGAUCACCUCUUCUGCUUGUUUCCAGGUCCCAAUCACAUGCCCAUGCAAGGUCCCGGUCCUGGCCCCAACCAGCCUCCCAACAUGCCCAGUAGCUCCAUGAACAUGCCUCCCAGCAGCCAUGGCUCCAUGGGUGCAUACAAUCACACUGUCCCUUCUUCCCAAGGCAUUCCAGCUCAGAGCCAAAUGAACAUGACCCAGGGCCAGCCCAUGGGAAACUAUGGGCCUCGGCCAAACAUGAACAUGCAGCCCAACCAAGGUAAAACAGCUCAUUUGCUCAUUCUCAUUGACUGUACACACAUCAUGCUUCUGUAUAAUUUCAGCCCUCCACGGUUUGAGGCAUAAUUCUCCCCUCUAUGUAUCACAGGCCCAAUGAUGCACCAGCAGCCUCCCUCCCAGCAGUAUAACAUGCCUCCAGGUGGUGGCGGACAGCACUACCAAGGACAACAGAACCCAAUGGGCAUGAUGGGUCAGGUUAAUCAAGGGAACCAUGUAAUGGGGCAGAGACCAAUGCCGCCCUACAGACCCCCACAGCAAGGUAUAACCCUCAGAGUGUGUCUGUUAAGUGUGCAAGUCGUGAGUGUCGGUCUUUCUUCUCCUUCCUAACCCACCUUUCUGCAUUUCUUACUCUUGUUCUUCUCAAUUUUCCUCUAUCUCCACCUCUUGUAGCUCUGUCACCCAAAGCCUCCAACCUUAAAAUUAGUCAAGAAAAGCUUUCUAACAAAAAGUAGCUGCAAGGUGUCCAUCUUCUCUACUCUUCCCCUCACACAACCGAUCCAACAACACCUUGAAUCUACUUGUGUGUAUGUUGUGUGUAUGUGUAUGUAGGACCCCCUCAGCAGUACCCAGGGCAGGAAGACUACUAUGGGGACCAGUACAGUCACGCAGGACAGGGAGCCUCAGAAGGUAGGAGUACCCUCCAGUUACUUGGAGCAAAUAAAAAAAAACAUCAACCCCAGGACUUGUGUUAAAACACAAAUAAUGCAAAGAGACUGUGCAAAACCAGUAUUUCAGUUUCUUUAGUAUUUUCUGGGAAAUCAGAGUGACUUAGGGCUUCAUGAAGGGGAGCAUAUAGAACAAAAAUCCUCAUUCGAAGCAUGCACUCUGUAUUUGUACGUGCCGCAGAUAAGUUAGCAUUCACCCAGUCUUACAGCAGCUUCAGUUGAAGCUGACGCUCCACCUGUUGGUGUGACAUAAAUAUGAAGUAUAAAUAUGAAUACCUAAAUUCUAUAGAAAUAAAUUUUCAUCUCUUAGAUUUUCGAGAAAGCUUUUUUGCCUUAUGCUGCACUCCAUAUGUGGAAAUCGACACCGCCGUGACGCCACCUGCCACAUGUUCGAACACACAUUUCAUAAACAGACAGUAAAUAAUCUUUGUUAGUUGCAGAAGAGAAAAACAAUCGUUUCUAUAAAUCACCAGUUAUUUUAAAGAAAGAUUCCACUCGUGGGUUUUCCUCUAAACAUAACACUUAAUACACCUCUGAUUUUCUCUAUGUGUUUGUGUUUCGAGGUGCUAUUAUGACUUUUACUGGCAAACUGAUAUUAAAGAUUCUUAAUAAACUACUCUCCCUCUUUCUUUGUCCAAUUAACAUUUACUCAUUCGUUUGUUUUUCGUUUUGUUUUCCACUGACAACACUAUUUUCCCUAUUGACCUUGAAAACAUGCAUUUUCCUUUUUAAGACUGCUUAUAACAAAGCUAGCUCAAAACAGCUGAUUUCCAAACCUUUUGUUGUUUAUUCCCAAACUUCUUAUUUUCCUCUUAUACUAUUAUCUUAACUCAUUUACCUGGGAAAAAAAGGGGUUUAAUUCAGUUAGCUCAGUGCCAAGAUGAUUUAGGUGUUGAUUCCCCCUCAACUAUACAACCCUAGAAAGGAUCUUUACCUCUGCUCUGAUACAUGUGGUCAUUUCAAUGUACUGCAUUUUUCCCUGUCAUAUUAGCAAGCAUUUUAUCUUGCUAUUUGCCAUUUGACAGAAAGAGUUUUGCCUCUUUUAUUAAAUAUUCCCAAGCUAAGUGUCUUAUCCAUCUUAGACUUCAUUCAUGACUUGAAACAUGAUCCUUUCUUUACUUGAUCUUGAAUCAUUCAAACUCUCAGAUGGUCUCAUAGCUGCAGUUUUGGUUGGAUUUCCGAAAGCAACAUCUAAAAUGGAUAAAAUACUGGUUUCUGAUGUUAACACCUGAAAUGUUGACCUUUCUGCUUUGCUGCUGAUCCACCUGUUGCUCACAUUGUGUGUCGUUGCCUCCUGAAGGUAAUGCCCAGUAUGGUCAACAGCAGGAAGCAUACCAGCAAGGCCCUCCCCAGCAGCAGGGCUACCCUCCUCAGCAGCAGUACCCGGGUCAGCAGGGCUACCCACCACAGCAGCAGGGCUAUGGUGAGUUACCUUCCCUCACGUUGGGGCACAUAUUUGUCCAGCAGGAGGCACUAUCAGCUCUCUUAAGCUGCCUUUUUUUACCUGCUGAAUAAAAACUCCCCGAGUGAGUUUUUUUUGUGAUUGCCCCUUGGAAAUAUAUUCAAGCUAAAUCCAUGUCAAGACAUCGUCAGGAGUGAGGAAUUAAAGGAUUGCCUUAAUGAACAGUUAGGGGAUUGGAGCUUGGCGGAAGAAAAAUUUAAUCAGUAGAAGAGGCUGCUCCAAUAUUCGCAUUUCUCCUGGUUCUGCAGUUUGACAUGUCGAACUAGGGAAACAGGAGAGAUGCUUUGCCUGAUGGUUACCUGAACUAGGCUGUGUGUGUCAGCACUCACAAUAAUUUACCAGUUCUUAAAAUCUCAUGACAACAAAAAGCACUAGACGCCAAGAACGAGGUUAUUUUCUUUUUUUAUGAUGUUGUGUUUUUGAUAUUUCUGUUUGGGUAAAAUAAUCAGAUUUUUUAGCCAUGUCACUUUUCCAUCGGGGUGAACCUGUCUCAGUACACUCACCACUGAGACAAGGGAUUUUGCAGUAUUGUCAAACACACAUUAUGUGUUUUUGUACAUGCUCAAAUACAGAUUUCUCGAUAAAGUGAGGGUAAUUUUUGAUCAGCAACAAUGUUGGUUGAAUCAUGGUCUUAGGCUUGGACACAGGCUCACUAACAAAAGCACAGCACCUCCUCCUCAUGUCAAAGUGGGUGUCAGUGUUUAUGGUGAGUGAAAGGCAUCUGCAGAGUAGCAAUCAUGUAAACUCGUGAUUUUUUUCUCACCCAGUUAAAAGCCGAAAAAGCAACAGUGCAAUGGAGAUUUUUUUUUAUUUACAUUACAACAAGCCUACCUGCUCGAAAAUGUGUGUUCAGCUGACGACUCCAAGAUGAUUAAAAGAAGCAGGGCUCUUUGACUCAUGCUCAAAGUAGCGGCUGUAAUUACAGUCCCCAGUUGUUAUGGUUACCUUUAUUCAGACACACAGCCAUGUCAGGAAACGGCAGUAGGAACUUCACACUCCUCGAACAGUUAAGCAGAUGUUUAAAAUUGCGAACAGAAAAGCAGGAUAAAAAAAAGAAAAACGAAAUUCCGAUCACACCGACUCAGUCAGAAUCUGCACCUCACUCGGAAAUAAAGCCCAACACAGCGACUUAAACACGUCUGUCUAUGGUCUCAGACAUAACCCCUACGUUUAAGCAUUUUUUACGUUGAAUUGUCUAAUCAUAAAGACCCCAGACCUGAAUAAAACUGUCUUACAGUGACCUGAAAUGGGGACACUAUUUCAAUGUCAAACAUUUUAAGACACACAGCAGCAGAGAUACUAAAAAUUAAGAAGCACAAAUUAGAAACAGUGAAAGGAUACCUUACUGUGAGCACGUCGUUCACUCAUACCUUCUCAGCAUUCCCACUUUCUAACUUAUGGUAAUGUAAAACGAGCAUGCAGCUAUAGGACUUAACACAAAGUAAUUCAAUAAAGAGUGAAGCAUGUUUUACAAAGUUCCACAUAUACGAAGGUACCGAGGCUCUCGCAACCCUUUGGUCUCUUUCUUCCUCGUCCCAUUUUUCAGUGGAACUUUCCAUCACUCAGCCUCUGUUGGAGCCAGAGCUCAUGUCAGUAAUGAGCUAACAGAGAGGCAGAGGCUGUGAGGUGAGAUCCAUCUGGCACACAAGCACACACACUUCCUCUCGCAGGCCCCCACAAGGUUAUGCUCAACAGUAUCAGGCAUUAUGAGCGCCUAACGAUGCUGCGUGGGCCUCAUUUGACUCCGGCCCCAGUCAGGCUUUGCUCCGGCGUUCGCUGCACCUGCAUAGACAGCUACAGUGUACGGGGGCUGAUGAAGAGAUUUUUUUUUUUUUUUUUUUUUUAAUGAAGCUUGCCCCUCCUAAUGAAGACCAACAGAAUCUCCUUGAUGUCUCCUUGCAUUAGGGAACCUCAGCCCAGUUUCAACCUGACUCACUCAUUGUCAUUCAUUACUGAGUCAGGCGUUGAGGAGGCCGCCUAAACAAACGGGUCAGACAUAUCCACCGCCGUCUCUUUGUCAUCCAUCAGCUUUUUUUUUACCCUAGCCCAUUAGUGGUAGUAAACUUACAGGGUUGCCCAAGAGUUCUCAGACUAACAAGUUGGAAACCGAGACAGUAAAUGAGCAAAAGUUUGCCUGUUCACACCAGGGGUCCUUAUUUGAGUCCGAACCUGAGUUUGAUAUGUGCCACAUUUCUUUCUAAGCAGGUGAUGAGAACAAAAACUUUACUGUGUUAAAAGACAAAAAAAGCCCACUCUUUUGUGUCAUAAAGUUUGACUAGACUAAAAACUAACUUCAAAUAUUUUCAGUCAGGUACUUUGUAGAGGCAUAAAUGUGCUCUUCAAAUCCUCUGGAAACAUGUAUACAAGUUAGAUUUGGGUACUUCUUGUCAGCAUUGCAACAUUAGCAAAGACAAUGCCCAGCGUUCUGACUGAAUCAUUCACUGUCAACUAGAGUUGCCAUGGUAAAAAAUCAAAUAAUGUCAUUAAAUGUUUGAACACAGAAAGCUCUGAUGGCCUAUCAGUGUAAGCGCCCCAUGUAUAGAGGAAAUGAUCCUUGACACGACUGUCACUGGUGCGGUUUCUAGCCAUGACCCCACUCUCUACUCUCCACAUGUCCUGUCUCUCAUCACUUGUCCUAUUAUUAACGAAGGCAAAAGUGUCCCAAAAAUAUAACUCAGAAAUCAUUUCUGAACCAAAAAGUUUAUCUCCUUGGACCCAAAAUGGUUUAUUUUGUUUUUCUUUAAUUAUUUUUUAUAUCCAAUCUGUGCACGCGUUGUUGGUACAGAAAAAGUCACUGAACACAGACAAACAUUUUCAACUCUUUGAUAGUGAUGAAAAGCAAAGCAAACGAUCAUUAAAAAAAAAAAUGUAUUACCGAAAUGCAAUAUUUCCUCUGAAUUAUCACCCAGAGGAGGAGUGUUUUCUUCCUGAUGUGUUAAUUUAUAGAUUUCUAUCACUGUGUGUUGCUGUAAAGCUCCUUCUGCAGGUUAGAAAACAUUAAAAGGUCAACUUUUUGAUUUGAAGUAAAUAUAAUUGAUAUUGUAUUGCUUAAAGCAUGUGCUAUUUCAAAGUAUUAAAAAUGCUUGAUUCAUUGUAUUUGUAGCUGAUUAAAGCAUCAGUGUGAAGUUUUUGACUGGCUAUAGAACCGAUUAAAAUUAAAACGGAUGCCUCCAUGUGACCUACACAAUCAAAUGAGACAAUCAGUGAGAAGACUUGCAUCUAUUAAGUCCAUAUAUCAGCGAGGAGAUUGAAGGUACUGCUCUGGCCAGAGUGGGCGCCAAAUCAACAGAAAAAACCUACACACUGGAGGUCUAAAGAGUUUGUGUUGACUGUUCCCAACAACACUUUCAAAUUGUUUCAACUUUGUCCACCAUGCAGACAUAAUUCUAAAUCAAGUUACUGAAUUUUUUGUUGUUGUUGUUGUUGUAGGUCCUUCCCAAACUGGCCCGGGACAGUACCCUAACUACCCUCAGGGACAGGGGCAGCAGUAUGGGGGUUAUCGCCCUCCUCAACCCGGACCCCCACAAGGCCAGCAGCAGCGCCCUUAUGGCUACGACCAGGUGAGUAUAACCACAACACAGCAAAGUCACAGAGACUUGUGAAUGAACUUCCCGUAGCUUUAGUGUUGUUGUUGAUAUCAUAGAUGAGUUAGCUUGUGUAUUUUGUGUGUUAGAGACCAAUGUAAGUGUAGUUUGGAGUCACACAUUUUAAGGUAGAUUAGUGUGCAUGCUGUCAUCAUACUGGGGUUAAAUCCCUCCAAGUGGGUGUGGGUGUGGAUGUGUGUGUGUGUUGUUAUUGUCUUUCAUUGUUGAUUUGAAUCGUACUUAAAUAUAUAUCCUGGCUGAUGUGGAAUGCCAAUCCAGUGAAAUAUGAGGGCUUUAAAAGGGUUUUUCCUUUCAACAUGAUCCAGACUGCUCUCGUGUUUAAAGGGAGAUCUAUUUGUUGCCCUGUAUUUCCUGUGGUCUUAUGUGGGGACCACAGCUACACUUUGAUAUCUUUAUCUUUGAAUAUUCAGGGGCACAUGAGGAAAUAAAGACCCGGGGAUUUGAACCCCCUGACUAGCUCUGUAAGAAGCAAAGGUAAUGGUUGCUGUGAAGACCUCAACGUCCAAUCUAGACGUUUGACCACCUAGCCUUAAUUUGCAUUUGUUGUUUCUUCUGUCUGUUCUUUUUCUUUAUCCUCCUUCCAUCUUUCUCUUUUUUCUUGAUUUAAUUUUCUUUAUUUUUUGUUAUGUUGUUAUUUUUAUUAUCCAGGGGUCGAAUUUUCAAUCACGAGGUCUAAAAAACACAGCAUGCUUAGUCUGCAGUGAGACCGCCAAAAGUUUAGCACUUUGGCUGCGUCCUUAAUCUGUUUGAUGUAACUUCUGUCCAAUUUGAAAUUUAAUGUUAUGGAUAUCAGACUCACAUUAUAAUUUUCCUUCCAAAUCUGUUUCCAUUGUAUUUUUCAUGAAUGCCAAACACAUACUUCGACCCCUGUGUAGAAAUGCAUUAACAGCUAUUGUUAUAUUGAAAUUCACCUGAAUCUAGUCUCCACCAUUUGAUCAGGAAUCCAGCCUCAGCCCUGCUGCGGCUGAGGCACCUAGUUUAAGAGUUCACAAGUUAUGAGGCCAUGCUGCCACCUGCUGGUCAACACCAGCAAAUGCAGACAUAAAUCAUGGUUUGGAGUCUUAUAUGGUUUAAACCACAAAUAUGUUUUGCACCACUUUGAGAUAUGUGAAUUUAAACUCUUAGACUUUGUUUUCGAGAAGGUCAGUAACAUAAGUCCAUCACAUUUCUCUCCACAGGGCCAGUAUGGAAAUUACCAGCAAUGAGAGAUGGUCACAGCAACCCACACAGCUCUGCUCUGAUCUCUGUUGAGCUUUGACAUCUGGUCAACUGCUAAGCAGACUUAAAUGAUGGUCAUAGCUCCCUGAAUUUCUCUCAGACACGAACGUACAACACCCAAAAAUACCAGAUACAUUCUCCCCUAACCAUGGGCUCUAACAAAAUGUAUUCAGUUUAACAUCUAAACGGGACUGGAUAAUGUCAAAGUUUAUGACCUGCCCUCUUGUCCAGUACGUCUCAAAGCAGCAAUGCCUUAAAAAUGGAACUGCCUUAUCCUUUUAGCAUUGCAGAUUGUGAAAUGGGCUAACGAAAUUUUGGAUAUCAGAAGAUUUAACUGUACAAUUUCAAUCUACUGCGGUGCAUUGUUUCUCCACCCUUCAGCUCCUUGGUCAUAAGAAGCAAUAAUGCCAGCAGUAGGUCAAUGUGUAGGAGAGAGGACAUGAAAUAAUGCACCAGACGAACUUCCCACUAGGCCAUGGUACAUGUCUUGAUGUAUGUGAUGAUGUAAAAAUAUAUUUUAUGCUUUUUAGAUCAAGCUAACUUUGUAUAAGACAUUGGAAACUAGUACUAAAGCUGUGUUGUUUAUUUCAUGAAGUGUAUGUGUUUUUUUUGUUCUGUUUGUUUUUUAUUUUUCAAUGAUCCCAUCCAGCAGGGUUUUUUAAUGUCUUUGUUUUUCCAAUUGGAUCAGACAUUUUAAAGACUUGAACACUCUGUAAAACUCUUUUCUUUUUGGUAAAAUUUGGAAUAAUAAUCAACAUGAAGAAAACUUCCUUAAAAGUAAAACCGUAUACUUAGACUGUGAAAGUGUUCAAAGUUUUGAAAAAACAUGCUGAAGAAAUUGAUCUGCGUUCAGAUCUGUUAUUAAAACUGUGGGAAAAGGCUCCAAACUUGGUUUAGUGAUACUUUUUCUUCCCACAAUUCCUAAAAAAUUGGUGCCCAUCGGCCUCGGCAUACAUGUGAACAGAGAGGAUGCAUAGCCACCAUAGAUUGUCAGGUCCUACACUUUGAAGCCUUUCUUUCUGUACAAGCACCUAAAUCUUGUCCAUUGACUGCAAAUUUGUGAAUGGGAAAGAUCAAAGUUGGUAUAAAACACAUUUCUGAAAAAGGACUUUUCUUUUUCCGUCUUCUUGACUAUGCUGGAAUCCCCUUCUCCCUUCCUCUUUGAAUAAACGUCUAAGUUGAUGUCAUUCAAAUAGUGUUGUUGUGUGAAUAAUGAAGAUUGUUACUGUCAAAUAUGUAACAUAAGAUGUGAAAAUAAUGUUCUGAAAUGGAUUCCUUAAUUUCACAGUAAAGACUGGUUGUGCAGUUUUAUAUCACUGGCUUGAUAUCUGUUUUAUGGUGCAUACUUUAUUGAUCCCACAUGUACAGCUGCAUAAAGAAGAGGAAUUCAUCGUCCUCUCGUAUUGUUUAUAUGGCUGUUUUAAUAUUUUGCAUUCUGCACCCCAUUCAAGUGUUCACAUUUGUGUCAUGGCAAUGUAUAACUGUACAAUAAAUUGGAAGAAUCUUUAAUAUAUUU